CUCUCUGCGUGAAACCCUAAGCCAUUCUCUUCACUCGCAAGAGCCAACGAUUCAUCUCCCUCCGCCGCGUUCGUCAACAGCGGAAUCAGCGGCCUCCGUAUCAUCUCGGAGCCCAGAGAUCCAAUUGCUUCCAUCCCUCUGGUAUCCUCUUGGAAGUCGAUUGACACGGAAUAAUGAAGAGAUCUAGAAAGGAGGAUGAUGAGUACUCGCUCCUCUGGGGAGAGAUGUCGUGGUGUAGGGGACCGAUGAUCGGCCAGGGAGCAUUUGGGUCCGUAUAGAGAGCGGAACUGAAGAAACCCAGAGCUUUUGGGUCGGUUGUGGCUGUGAAAUCUGUGAAAUCGGCAGAUCCGAUAAAUUCGAAAUCGCUUAUGUGGGAAAACACGGUUCUUGAUGCUCUCCAAGGGUGUCCUCAUGUUAUUCAGACAUUUGGAGCAGACACAACAGAAACGACCAAUGGGAUUGUGCUUUAUAACGUCCUCUUGGAAUUUGCUUCGGGAGGAAGCCUUGCCGAUUUAAUCGUAAAACCAGGCUUUCAUGGGUUGUCUGAGGGCGUUGUCAGAAAGCACACCAAGUCUUUACUUGUGGGGUUGAAACACAUUCAUGCUCGUGGCUUCGUUCACUGUGACUUGAAGCCUGAUAAUGUUCUUUUAGUGGCUACUGCUGAUGGGUUUGAGGUGAAAAUUGCUGAUUUUGGAUUGGCAAAGAGAGCUUACACUAGUUGUGAGACUCCAUCUUGGAGAGGGACUUCCUGGUAUAUAGCACCAGAAUGUGUAAUUUAUGGGGUGCAAGAGGCCUUCUCUGAUAUAUGGGCUCUUGGAUGCACCGUGCUUGUCAUGCUCACUGGAAAAGUACCGUGGACUACCAUAACUGGUUCGAAGGAGUAUGAAAGCCUUGUGUCUCAAAUUGGGUCUGGAUCGGUGCCUGACAUUCCGGACCAGAUAUCAAAAGCAGCGCAGGAUUUCUUGAGGUGCUGUUUUGCAUUAAAUCCGAUGGAGAGAAUGACUGCUAAUGCGCUGUUAGAUCACCCAUUUCUGGUGGGAUUAGAUGAGACAGAUUCUUCUUCACAUCUUCAACUAUCAAAAGAAGAAGCUGCAAAUGGUAAGAGGAUUAAGCGCAGUCCCUCAUAUUUUCCUUUCGGGAGUAGCUUCAUACACUUUCCUUUUGGGCGUAGUUUCAUAACCUUAUCGGAGGCAGAGGUUCCAGAGAUUCAAGCUGAAAAUACAAACGCGGUCACAUCUUUCCCAUUUGGAUGUAGUUUCAUUCCCCUACCAGAUUCUUCAUCAGAAGAGGGAGUGCAGGAGGUGAUCCAAGAGCCUGCUGAUUCUUCUGCUGAGCAAAUUAACUGGAGUGCAAUUUUCCCAAAACCACUCAUCCGCUCAAGGCCUUUACCUUGUUGGCAACAUCCCUUUACUUUCACAACUUGUGCUGGGGCUUAGGGGUUGAAAUUAGUUUUGAUCAAAUUUUGUAUAGGCAACAACAAUAGCAUAUAGCACCUCAUUUCUGAGAGAGGUUACUUGUAAAUCGGAUUAUGUUAUGUACAUUGUAUUCAUUUUUUUCCACUAUAUAAUAUGCUUGCAGCAUUUGUUCAA